AUGAGCUCCCCUAACGAUGCAGUAGAGCCGUUCCGGAUUGCAGUACCGGACCAAGCUAUCGAGACGCUGAAGGCUAAGUUAGCGUUGACGACAUUCCCGCGAGAGACGAGUUUCUCGAAUGAUGGGGACUAUGGCGCACGGCUGAGCGAUGUGAAAAGACUGGCCACAGCGUGGAGGGACACGUUUGACUGGAGGGAGGCCGAGGCAAAGCUUAACGACACGUUACCGCAGUUUACGACCAGGAUCGCAGUUGAUGGCCACGAGGACGAUUUGAAAAUCCAUUUUGUGCAUGCAAAGAGCGAGAGGAAAGAUGCGAUCCCAUUGUUGUUUUGUCAUGGAUGGCCGGGUAGCUUCAUCGAAGUCAUCAAGAUACUACCGCUCUUGACAACCAGGGCCGGAGAAGACGAGCCAACUUUCCACGUCGUAGCACCGUCGUUGCCGAACUAUGGCUUCUCGCAGGCGACCUCGAAGCCCGGGUUCGGGAUACCGCAACACGCCGAGGUGUGCCACAAACUCAUGCUCCGGCUCGGAUACAACAAAUACGUAACACAAGGCGGCGACUGGGGAUGCAUGAUCACACGCGCCAUGGGCGCAAAAUACCCCACGCACAUAGAAGCCUCGCACCUAAACUUCAUCCUAGCCUCUCCGCCCAGCCCGCUCUCCUCCCCGCUCCUCUGCCUACAACACGCCUUGGGGUUAUACACGGCCGCCGAGAAAGCCGGGCUGGCACGCACCCUAUGGUUCCAAGAGAACGGCAGCGCGUACGCACGCAUCCACGGCACCAAGCCGCACACCCCGGGGUUCGCGCUCGCCGACAGCCCCGUCGGCCUGCUCGCCUGGAUAUACGAGAAGCUGGUUGACUGGACCGACGCCUACCCCUGGACCGACGAGGAAGUGCUGACUUGGGUUGGCAUCUACGCCUUUAGCGAGGCCGGCGCGGAUGCUAGUAUAAGGCUGUACUACGAGGCCAUGCAUCAGAAGGAUAUGAUUGCGGCAGGAAACGGGAUCGCGUCUAUCCAAUCGUGGAAUGGGAAAGUCCCGUUAGGAUUAUCAUAUUUCCCUAUGGACGUGGCGGUGCUGCCGAGUUCGUGGGGGAGGACGUUGGGACCGGUGGUAUUUGAGAAGAGACAUGAGAAAGGGGGACAUUUUGCUUCGUUCGAGAAGCCUGAUGAGCUGGUUGCUGAUCUCCGAACGAUGUUUGGGAAGAGCGGGAUUGGAGCGAAAUUACGAUUCUGA